UAUCAGUGAAAGUUAUCGUAACGUAGUGCGAUGUCGUAUAUCUGCUCGGCCAUCUUGGUUUCAUAGUGCUGAGGACUGCAGUUGUGCCAAAAAUAAUUAAAUAAUGGCAGCUCGACGUAUAACACAGUCGUCCAUAAAUUGGACAGCAUUAGCAGAAAGAGUGCCUGAAAACCAGAAGGUGUAUUUUACAGCGUUCAAAGCGAAAUCUGAUGGGUAUCUACGAAGAAUGAUGGCAUAUCCGGAAGCCGCGCCCAAAAUUAACUGGGGUUAUUACACGACCCAUGUACCGAUACAAGGCAUGGUUGAUGAUUUCCGAAAGAAAUACGAGGCUCUGAAUAUUCCUUACCCAUCUGAUAAUGUAACACCCCAGAUUGACCAGCAGGAGAAAGAGGCGCUGAAGGAGGUACAAGAAUUCGUGAAGCAGUCCGAUGCCCGAAUUGCUGGUUAUGAAGCAGAAAUUGCCCGUUUGAAGAGCCUACUCCCAUUUGAACAGAUGACAAUGGAAGACUUUAAGGAUGCAUACCCAGACCUGGCAUUAGAUCCACUGAACAAACCCACAUUCUGGCCUCAUACUCCUGAAGAACAGAUAGAUUUCAAUGAUUCAAAGGUACCCCAAGAGGAAGUACACCACUAAAAACAAUUGAUAGUCAUCUUAGUUUUUCAUAUAAUGUAUAAUAGCCAUGUUACAUGUUAAAUGCAAAUAAAUCUCUUAUGAAACAGUA